CCCGUCUCCCCCUUCUUCAUUCACUUUUUCUUUUUCUUUUUAGAAAUUGCUCUGAGUAGGAGUAAAAACACUCUGAAAUUCUAAAAUAUGAGUAUUAUGUUUUUUAUUCCUUGAAUGGGAGUAAUCUAACAAGUUUGGAAAAAAUGUCAUGUUUAAUAGCCUAGUAAUGCCAAACUUGAUAAAAAUUUACUCCUAUUUAAGCAAUAAAAACAUGAUACUUCUAUUUUUGAAAUUCAAGACUUUUGUACUACUGUUUAAGGAAUUUAGUCUUUUCUUUUUCCACUUCUUCCCUCUGCAACUCCCUCUCCCCUCUUCUUCAAUCUCUUCUUCUUCCCCAUUCUUGUUCCCCAUUGCUUUUACCCCACGGCCCCACUCUAUUCAACCUCUCCCUCCCUUCAUUCUUCAAUCUUGCCCACCCCCUCCUUAUUUCCUCUUUCUUUCUUUUUCUUCUUUUUUUUCUCUUCUUCUUCACUCUACUUCUUCUACUCCACCCAACUUUCUAUCCCCCUUCUUUUAUGUCCAGAAAGGCGACGAUGGAAACCCUUGGUCUUCUUCAAUUGAAACCAAACGGCGAUGGAGAAGGCGCCGGCAGAGCUUGACGGCGGCGGUAGAGCUUGACGGAGUUGGAAGCGGCAGAGGUCGACGGCGGUUGAAAGAUGGAAAGGUAGAGGGGGGAAGAAGGAAGACAAAAGGGAAUAAAGAAAGAAAAGGAAAGAUGAAUAAGAAUAAGGAAAGAGGGAAUAAAGAAAGAGGGACACUGGGCGUAGCUAAACUGGUAGCGAGGGAGUGCCACAGGGGUUAAUUCUCGGGUUUGAAUCCCGUUAACUGCGAUGAGAGGUUACUAUGUUAAAAAAUGCAUAGUGCAUUUGCAAGUACCGGGGACAGAGUUUCACUCUCUAUCUGUCAGAUUGUGAUUGUAGUUCAAUUUAUAACCUCCCAACGUACCAUUCGGUCGGUGUUGGGGGGCCUCAGGGAUGGGGUGUCGUCCUUUUUUCGAAAAGAGGGGUCGUUAGUUGGGAACAAAGAGGAAGAAGAAACAAAGAAUUUAAAAAGAAAAAAGAAAAAGAGAUUCUAAUGCCACGUGACAGCCAACUCAGCGCUUACAAGGAAAAAAGUCACAUGGAUGAUCCACGUAGGCUGAUUAACGGGAAACCGGUCAAUUACCGGAAAAAAGACAAAUUUGGUCAUUUUUUGACACUUGGUAGACUUAAUUGAUUAAAAAAAUAAUAUGUGAA